UCACAGCUUCGAUAUUUUUCAAAUCACAUCAAACCACCAAAAAAUGUUCAAACACACCGACUUGCCGCCAUCAGCGCUAUUUCUGCUCUUCUUCUCCGCGUACUUCCUCUUAACGCCCAUCGACUGCGCCAGCGAUGUAUCUGCAGUCAGCGUCAAUAUGAAACAGAUGCAGGCAAUCGAGAGCUACAUGGACCUCAACGAGAAUCCUUGUGAGAACUACUACGCCUACGCUUGCGGCAAUUGGGCGCAUCAGCACUCGAGCGAGCACUACACCGAAGCCACCAGUCUUAUCGAUCACAAGGUGAACAAACGUUUGAUCGACUACUUUCAGAACUAUCAACUGCAAAGUGACGCCAAUAGCGGCAAUCAGACAUACACCGAUAAGAUCUGGCUCUACUAUCGCGCCUGUAAGCAUGUGAAAGAGCGUCAGCUGCAACGCUAUUUGGAGCUCGUGCGCCCCAGCGCUCACUUAGAUUGGCAGCUCAUGCACCAGCUGCGCGCGCCGAACACCACUUGGCCGGCAAGUCAUUUCAACUGGCUCUUUACACUAGCCAAACUGCGUCGCUACAGCUUUGGUGACACUUUGAUUAGUCACGUCAUAAGCCCGAAGAGCGCAAAUGCCAGCGUGUAUGUUCUCGAUUUAGAUAAACCCACAAAGGAGGAGGAGAAUAAGUUGCCUAGUAUGGAGACAAUUGCUGUGAUUUUGUUGCGCGUCGGUGUGCCAAAGUUGCGCGCGAUUGUAGUAGCAAAGCAACUGCAUGAGUUCGAGCGACAGCUACAGAAAUUGCACGACAUCGAUGAUGAGCACGGCUUGUUGGAGAUCACGCUGCGUGACUUGCAAGCGGAUAUGCCACAAAUGCCGUGGCGCUUGUAUGUGCAACUGGUGCUGGGCCACGAGGUCGGCUUGGACUAUGAGCUGCAAAUAAGUAAUUGGAAUUAUUUUCUGGCGCUCGGCGAGUUUCUGAAAAAUACCAAAGACAGUUUGAUCUGCAACUAUCUCAUGUUCAAGUUCUUGAGUUUUCUUGUGCGCGAUGGUGCGAGUAGUUUCUCGAAAGUCGAUUGUAUGUGGGAUGUGCGCACAAAAAUGGAUGUGGCUGUGAAUUUUCUGUACAAGCAGCAGUUCUAUGGCGGUGACUCAGCGGCGAAGUACGAAGCUGAUAUUGAGCGCAUACUAACGUCGGCGAAGCAUGAGUUUGCUGCGAAAUUGGAUGCCAAUGCAAUGCAACUGCGUCCAGCGCAAUUGCAAUACCUCAAGCGUAAGUUGGCUGCCAUGCGUUUCAAUAUUGGCAAUCUGCCGUCUGCCGUUGAUGAGCACUUCGUUAACGCCUAUUAUGCGGGUGUACAUAUCAGCCACAAAGACUACUACAAGAACCAUCUACAGUUAUUGCAACUGAACGCACGCAGAGAACACGCGCAACUGACUACACCACCAGCCAGCGCCGCAGAAUACUUCUACAUUGGUGACAGUGACUCUGCGCGCAGUUGCACGCCGUUUUAUCUGUUUCGGCGCAAUCUCAUCGUCAUUCCGUAUGCCAUACUACAGCCGCCUAUGUUCCACAUCAACAUGCAUGACAUAUUAAAAAUGGGACUUUUAGGCUUUGUGCUCACCCACGAAAUCAUACAUGGCUUCGAUCCCACCGGCUUGUCUUACGACUAUGCAGGUAAUGAGCAGGAAAUCGGUGAACGCAUCACGCGUAAUGCACAGUUUGAGUCGUCGCUGACGUGCCUACAGCAGAUAGAAACGGAGAGCGUCGAUGAGCGCAUUGCCGAUAUUGUGGGUCUGCGUGUGGCUUUUGAUGCGCUCUUUGGCGCCAAUGCCACUAUGAAUGCGCGCCAGCCGAGCUUCAGCGCCAUUCCGGCGAAGCGUUUGUUCUUCUUGAGUUUUGCACAGUUUUUCUGUGGCAACCUGCUGACUGAAUUUACCGAUCAUGACGCCGAUAAUGUGCGACUGCAGCAGACGUUGUUAAAUUUUGAACCUUUCGCCGAGGAGUAUCAGUGUGCGCUGGGUGUUGCGAUGAACCCGGAGCGCAAGUGUAAGUUGUAUUAAGUAGGGGUGAAGGGAAACAAAAAUGGUAAUUUGGAUAAUAAUUGGAGGCCAAUCGCUUGAUUUCAAGACAUCAGCACGCUUUCAGGCAAGAAAUCAAGCAAACACAAACAAUUUUAGCUAAUUUUCAACUAUUGUAGAUUUUAGACUUUCUAAGAAUUAGUUUAAGUGCAAUAAACAAACAUCUACGUAUGGGAUUUCCUUAUCCGUACAUAAAGUAAAUACUUAAACUAACAUACUUAUACAUAGUAUAAACAUAUAAGCCAAGCCAAAGAAUAAGGUUAUUUAUUUAAAUGUUAAAUAUCUGAUAACAAUAAAAAAAUGUACUAAAAUUUUUAAAA